AUGGCGACACCAAGUCCGGAUGAUGUUGCUGCUUCGAUACAGGCCUACUUAUCAAGCAGAGGAGUGCCACCAUCUCAAAUCUGGCUGCGGACUUUCAUGCCCACCAUCAAGCUCAACAGUCCGAUUGUGGCCUUACAGAAGACAGCGCUGUUCCGCGUUCUGGCUACUGACAUUACUACGUCUCUAAACAAGACCAGCGUGCAGACCCUGCCGGGCAAUGUCACAAACCCGGCAGUCAAGGACCAGACACUCCGUGGUCCUAUCACAGUGCAGGUCCUAGAUGUGGAAGACAUUGGCCGCAGCCGCUGGUCACAGGUCGAAGCUAUUGAAGCCCAAGAACGUGGCGAAACUACCAAAGGACGAGAAGUCAUUCGAGUUGUGCCUGAAGAGAAUGCCAGUUCUGCCGAGCCUGCUGCUACAUCUUCUGGUCCCCACAAACUACUUCUCCAGGACGCCAGCGGCACCAAUAUGUACGCCAUGGAGCUCACGCCUGUCAAUGGCAUUGGCGUGCAAAUGAGUAUCGGGACGAAGCUAGUACUGCGAGAUAUUACAGUGGCGAGAGGCAUGUGCCUGAUCGAGACUAAAGCAGUAGAAGUCAUAGGUGGCAAGGUCGAAGCAUGGGACAAAAAGUGGAGGAAGGAAAGAAAGGCCAGGCUUAAGCAGAUGGCUCGACUGGGAGGUGACGGCGACCAGGGUUGA